AUGCAAAAGUCCUUGGGAAAGCUCCUGAACCGUACCCAGAAGCGCCCUUCUACCGUCGAUGCAGACCUUUCAUCGUCCAUAAUGAGUGACGUACCGGCAGUUACGCCCGGUGGAUCACGUUUUGUGUCCCCUACAGGAUCACCCCCACGAACCCCGGCUUCAUUCAUUCCUACAGGCGAGUCUAAUGUUAUCUCUGCCGCUGUCCAGGAAUCCAUUUCGCAUGGGAAAUCAGCUAAAGAGAACAAGAUUGAGUUUUUCUCCAAAGACAUCCCCUUCUUUUGGCUCAGCAACAGCUCAGACCAUCCUGUUGUCGUGGAUGGUGUGCGUUAUCCCACCGCGGAGCAUCUCUUCCAGGCGCAGAAGUUUGUGGAACACCGCCCAGACCUGGCGUCCAAAGUGCGUAAGGCAUCGACACCCAUUGAAGCUAUUCACGUUGCUCGCAUGAAUUCGCAAUAUGUUCGUCCAGACUGGAUCAAGGGUGGUGUGAAUGUAUCUACGAUGCGCAUGGUGCUCUUGACAAAGUUCAUGCAACAUACUGAUCUACGCCAAGCACUACUUGAGACGGGCGAUGCUGAGAUCGUGCAUGCUAGUCCAAACGACGCCUUCUGGGGCUCCGCAGCCCCUGUCGAGGCUGUGGGCCGAGGCCGAAAUAUGCUCGGCCGUACUAUUAUGCAGACUCGUGAGCUUCUGCGAGUGGCUGCUGGUGUUGGUGCUAACAGUGGUACGCGAACUGUAUAA